AUGACUUCAGCCUUCAACAGGAAUACUUUUAUAUAUCAGCAGGUGGACGCCUUUGAAGGGCACCUCAAGGAACUUACAAACUCAAUUCAGCAGUACGAGCCAAGCGUUGAAGUCGCUGCCAAACUGGUGGCCACUAUGGACACGAUUAACCAAGAAUUAACCCAGCUUGAGAGAUUGCACGAAUUAAAACGAAAUCAGGUAUUUGAACAGAGCAAAGAAAACCUACGAUUAAACGACGGAAUGAGAAAUAUGCUUACAUCUCUGAUAGAAUGUCGAAAAGAAUUAAAUGAUUUACCCAGGUUAAGCAUCCAUGAGCAAUUGCAGCUGGAGGAUCUCGAGGCCAGGAAACCAAAAUUGGACGCUGUGAAAGAACUUGUGGCAUAUGCCAUGAAACUCGCCAAGUUCUCCAAAAUUCCGCGCACCUUUGAUGGUUUCCUAUUGCCAAAUAACUUUAUAUGGCCCGGUGAUGACAAUAUGAGACGAGGAAUGCUGGCAACAGCGUCUCUGAUGCCAGAAAAAAUCGUGCGGCACGAAAAUGGUGAACCGGAUGAAGGAGAGGAUCUUCUAAUGCAAGACACUGAAGAAACACAAAAGCAAGAAGUUGAGGACGAUGAUGAAUUUGUCCCUGAGCGCCGAAACAGUUUCAAAACCUCUGCCAGCCCUGAAAAGAAGGACGCGGCCGCAAUUAUGGCUGGCAUUGAUCUUUUCGAUGAAAGCGACGAUGACUAA